AUGGCUUCAACAUGUCAGAGUGCAGAGAUUGAUGGAAGAAAAGUUUCUGUGAUUGACACCCCAGGGCUUUUCAGCACAUCCAUGGAUGAAGUGAAAGUUAAAGAUGAAUUUGAUAAGUGUAUUCUUCGCUCAGUCCCAGGACCCCAUGCGUUUCUGCUGGUGGUCAGGUUGGGCAGAUUCACACAAGACGAGAAGUCUGCUGUGCGGUGGAUCCAGAAGCACUUCGGGGAAGACACCUCACGGUACACAUUGGUGCUGUUCACUGGUGCUGAUCAGAUAAUGAAGAAAUCACUGGAUGAGUUUCUGAGCCCAUCCAAGGAAAUUCAGGACCUCAUUGAUUACUGUGGCGGCAGAUAUCAUGCUUUCAACAAUGAAGAUGAACAGAAUCUCACUCAGGUUCCCGAGCUGCUGCAGAAAAUAGAGAAGAUGGUGAUGAAGAACAGAGGAAAACACUACACCAAUGAGAUGUACAAGGAGGCUGAGAGAAAGAUGAAAGAGGAGGAGGAGAGGAGGAAGACAGCUGAAGAAUGGGAAGCAACAAAGGAAAAUUUAUAGUGUUUGCAGUUGGGGCUGUGGCUGCAGGAGUAACAGUUGCAGCUGCUGCAAAUCCAGCUACAGCAGCAAAGAUAAUCACCACAGCAGCAGCAGCAGUGUGCAAAUGUAUGGUUGUGAUGGAUGGAAUUUGGCAGCAUUUAGCCACCAUGGAGCAAAACUCAGGAAUAAUCUUCCAAAGGAUGCAAGAGAAGCAGCAUCUGUUGAAAAACAUACCUUUUACUUAAUCACACAAGCUGGUCUGUUUCUUAUUUGAAUUGUUAUGUUUUUAUUAUAAAUUGUAAUUUCCAAGUCUAAAGUAAUUUCUUAGUCUACGUUUAUAUAUAAUGAUUUACUCGUUUCAUUUUUAGAAUGUUAUUGUUGUUGAUCUCGUCCCAUAGGUAUUAUUAUUGGUAUUCAUGACUCCUAGGUAAAAUUUUGGGAUACUGUGCAAUUGCUUUUUAUUAUUUAUUUCCUUUAUAUUUCCUUUUGUUGUCAUUGCUUACAUUUUUUCUCUCAUCUUUUGAGCAGCAAUUGUUUGAAAAGUGCUAUACAAAUUAAAUGUGAUUGAUUUAAUUUGAUUGAUUGAUCCCACUUUUUUGAUUAAAUUUUAAUCUUGGAUUACC